AUUCUUUCGAACAGUUCGAGAAACCGAACCUGGUACAGUAUUUUCUUUAGAGUCCACACUUUCUUGCUCUUUGUUAUUAGUCCAUUAUUGUGCUCUAUGCGUAGUAAUACCAAAGUUUUCCAACUAACUAUAUGCAAUUGACGAUUCAGUGAUGCUUGUGAACCGGUACGAAUGAGUCACUAAAAAGAGUCGUUCAAAAAGAAGAGCGACUCGUUACUUUGGAGCUGGACCGACCGUUUUCAUGUUUUGGUUACAUGUUAAGAACGAACUGCUGCUUUAUUUAAAAAUCUGGUAAGCGCGUAAUCAUGAAAAGUUUGCACGCGAUGGUGCAUGAGGCUGCUGUUCAUUACGGCACUAAAACUGCUGCUAUCUUCGAUACCGGAAGCGCGUCGCCUGCUACCUGCCUGUCCUAUGAUCAGCUUGUAGCUUUAGGAAACGAGCUAUGCAGAAAUCUCCAGGGAGCAGUAGGAGAGAAUGAACAGGCUAUUGGUGUGUUCUGUGAUGUGAACAUCUUCCUUCCGGUCUGGAUCUUUAGUAUCCUGCAGGUGCCUGCUGCCUAUGUUCCUCUGGACCCAGUCUCACCACCUCUGCUUACCAUGAGAAUAAUGGACAGAUGCCAUUUGAAGUUCUGCUUGAUACAGAGCACUUUGCUGCAGCAAUUCCAGAGUGCCUUUUCCACUUUACUGUCAGUUGAAGUGUUCGCAUCCUGGUCAGCACAUAAGCUUACAUUAGUAAAGCUACACAAAAGAUCCCUGAUGUCACCUGAAGCAAGCAACAGAAGACCGUCGAUGGAAGAUAAUCCGACGUUAAAGACCGAGCAGGAGGAAAGGCAGCAUCCCAGUGCUGAUGAUCCUGGAAAGGAACACCAGGCAGAAGAUUUAGCAUAUGUUCUGCACACAUCUGGAACAACAGGGCUUCCUAAAAUAGUAAAGGUUCCACACAAGUGUAUUGUGCCUAAUAUAGUAUAUCUGAGCUCUUUAUUUCAGAUGACCCCAGACGAUGUUGUGUUCCUUGCAUCACCUUUAACCUUUGACCCUUCAGUGGUGGAGAUGUUUUUGGCUCUGUCUUCUGGAGCUUGUCUUCUGAUGGUUCCUUCUGCUGUGAAAAGAAUGCCUAGCAGACUAGCCAAUGUAUUGUUUAGACGAAAUGCCACCACCAUUUUACAGGCCACCCCAACUCUACUGAGGCGCUUUGGGGGACGUGUCCUGCAGGAGGAGAUACUCAGUGCAGGCUCCUCAUUGAGGGUGUUGGCUUUGGGUGGAGAGGUAUGUCCAUCGCUAUUUGUCCUCAAGAGCUGGAGACAAGCAGGUAACAAGACGCAUAUUUAUAAUCUCUAUGGCACCACGGAAGUUUCUUGCUGGGCUUCUUGCUACAAACUGCCAGACAAUCUCCUCUCCUCAGACCACAUGAACAGUGGGUGUGUGCCUCUGGGGGAACCGCUCAUGGACACUGCUGUAGAAGUGAGAGAUGAGAAUGGACGCCUGGUGACUGAAGGAGAGGGACAGCUCUUUAUAGGUGGUCAGGAGAGGGUAUGCUUGCUAGAUGAUGAGACGAUGACUGCUGCCAGAGGAGUGAUGCGUGCUACAGGGGACUGGGUGAUGGUGCAGAACUCACACCUCUAUUACUUAGGUAGAAAGGACUGUCUGGUUAAACGGCAUGGUCAGAUGCUACACCUGGAUGCCUUACAACAGGCCAUGGAGAGCUUGCCUCAGGUCGAAGCAGGUGUGGUGGGUCUGCACAAGAGCAGUAGAUUGGUGGCUUUUGUGGUGCCUAAAAUUUACACAAGAACCCUGUCCUCUGAAGACAAUGGCAAUCAAGAACAGCAUGUGCGCAACUCCACUAAGGACUCUGAGGACUUCCGUGUUUCCUCCAGAGCUCUAGAGAUGGAAGUGCUUCAAGGACUGUCUCAACUUGUGCCCAAUCACAGCAUUCCAGAUACUGUAUUAUUGGUCCCUGCCCUGCCACUCACUAAUCAUGGUAAAGUGGCCAUGGAGAAGCUAAUGAAGAUGUAUGAGAGACAGAGAGAUGUCAGUGGUAAGCACACUAACACAGUGGGAGACAUGGUGACCAUAAGAGAGAGACUACAGGCGCUAUGGAAGGAGUGUCUAGGCCUUUGUGAGGAUGGUGUUGUCGCAGAUGAUGCACACUUCAUGUUAAGCGGCGGAGAUUCUCUACAAGCCCUGCGCCUCUUUGAUUACAUCACUAUUACUAUGGAAACCGCUUCUGCAGGUCUGCUGGAGGUUAUUCUAGAUGGCUCUUUUUCAGAUGUCCUGAAACACAUCACAGCAACCCACCAAAAUCCUGUCAAGACAUCAAGCAAGAGACAACCUGAGGAUUCUGUAUCUGUUGUUCCAACGAAGAGGUACCACAGAGAAGUUGAUGCAAACGUCGACCCUGAAGGGAUUUUACAACCUGUGGUGUCCUCGGAAAGAAGCAAUAUGAGAUUUGUAGUUGUUCGUAGAGCUGGAGAUGUUGUAUUUUGGGAUUACUUUCCAGACAGAGAGCAGAGACUUGUUACAAAUUCAAAAGGAGCCAGUGACAACAUGGGCAGGAUACAGGAGAAUUAUCAGAGUGCAGAACGCAGCCCAUUAUCUAUAUGCAAACCAAGUAUGACAGUCACGACCAGUUCCUCUGUAAGAUCCACAGACAGCAUUCACGUUAACAGAGACAAUCCAUCUGGGGAUGGACAAAGUCAGCACAGUGACUCAGGAAGUGAUAUUACUUCGCAAGUAGGCAUUACAAAAGGCAGCCAACCCCUGUGCCUGCAGGUUUGUUGGAGUUCUGACACGGGCAGAUGUGUGGAUGCUUCACCAGUGCUACUGAUUGGUCCUGAGCGGGCCACAGUGUUUAUUGGCUCUCACUCACACAGACUGCAGGCUCUGGACCUGAGCAAUGGUGAGGUGGUGUGGGAGCGUGUGCUUGGGGACCGACUGGAAUCUUCUGCUGCUGUUUCUAAAUGUGGAACUCUGGUGGCAUUAGGGUGUUAUGAUGGGCAGGUGUAUUUUCUGAACGUGGACUCGGGGGAGACGUGCUGGGUGUUUAAGACAGGAGAUGCAGUGAAGAGUUCUCCUGCUGUAGACCCUCAGACUGGAUCGUUUAUCAUUGGUUCCCAUGAUGGACAUGUCUACGCUUUAGAACCGUUGGUGAAGCGUUGCGUGUGGAAAUACUUUUGUGGAGGUGGUGCGGUGUUUUCUUCCCCCUGUGUCCACUCCUCUCCCAGGCGACUGUACUCAGCCACACUAAGAGGGCAGCUCCAUUGCCUCAGUCCGGACAGUGGUCAAGUCUUGUGGACAUAUUCCAGUAAUGUUCCAUUUUUCUCCUCUCCUUCCUGUUCUGACUCCUGUGUCUGCAUUGGUUCAGUGAAUGGACACAUCAGUGCAUUAAGCCAUGACGGAAAUGUGUUAUGGGACUUUCUCACUGAUGGACCUGUCUUCUCAUCACCAUGCCUGGCCUCAUUGCCAGCUUCGACCAAUCAGAGAACCAGUUCGGGAUCAUAUGACAAUUGCACAACAUUAUCUCCAGCUUGUCAAGCUGUUUUUUGUGGGUCACAUGACUCCUCCGUAUACUGCAUCAAUUCCGCUAACGGAUCAUUACUGUGGCGCUUCCAAACCACAGGAAAGGUGUUUUCCAGUCCUUUUGUUUUUGAUGGUACUCCCUGGGGCAUCAGAACCCUGGUAGCCAUAGCUUCAACUGAUGGAACCCUGUGGGUCCUAGAUGGAGAACAGGGAACACUGAAAACCUCUUUCUUCUUACCUGGAGAACUCUUCUCCUCUCCUAUCGUGUGGGGUCACACUAUAGUUAUAGGAUGUCGGAAUGACUACGUGUACUGCUUGGAACUGACUAGCAAGAAGGAAUAACUAAAUCAUCUCUGGGUACAAUAUGUAAAACGUUCUUACUGGUUGUGUAAAUUGCUAUACUAUAAUGUGUGUGUGUGUGUAUAAUGUUGUCUAGAAUAGUAGUAGCAUUUUAGCUCUAUGCACUGGUAUUAAAUUGUACAGAUGUUAAUAAAUUAUUUUCUAAUAUUGCCUGAGAGAGAUUUCUAGGCAAAAUCGAGUAUUUCAACAAGACGCCAAACAUUUGUCUUUAGUGGGGGUUUUUUCUACAGAAUUAAAUUCAUAACAUUUGUAUUACUUCAGAAGCUUCUCAUGAGUACCUUUUGUAAAUGGAACAAAAAAAAAAGUGAAAUUACCAACAAACUGCUUUUAUUUCAAUGUUACGUACAACACUGUUUUGACGCUACACGAUUGCACACGACCAAAUUAAAAACAAUGCGACAGAGCUCAUGGAUCUUCAAAGGAACACAGUGCAGUUCAGUCCACCUCUGUACAUAGAUACCUACAUACAUUACAUACAUACAUACAAAAUAUUACGUCAAGUAGAGGGGGUCAGUGUUUUGCUGGGAGAUCAAGGCUUUUUGUUAGUUCGAAGCUGUUGUUAUUUCUGAGAAUAAUGUCUUUUCAUAUGCAACGGCAUUGGUUAGACUUCCUCCAGCAGGAUUUUUUUAAAGCACUGAUCUCCCACUGAUUUGCUUUUAAUGUCUGAUGCAAGAGGAGCUAGGACAAGCUACAGGAUAAUGGUGUUUAUUACAGCAAGCAAGCAGUCUGUGUUCCAGAGAACUAUUUCCAAAGAAACUGGAGGGCAUAAACACUGUGCAAGAAGCAGAUAGUUCAUUAACAUUUGGUUAAUGGUUUCCAGUGAAAUGAUUUAACAUGGUGCUCGAACGGAAGCGUCAUUAAUAACAUUUACUAUGCAAGUUAUUUACAUAAGUAAACACAGUGACCGUCAUCAUUACGUUAAUUUUCAGUGACAGCUUAAAUGACAGCAGUCGUUUGUCACACAGUGAAAAUCUUGGCCAAGAUAUCAAAUAAGUUAAUUUUCACAAAAACAAAAAGAGAAUUAACCUUGUCCAUAUUAGAUAUGAGGUGUUAAGACAAUUUAACAAACACAUUUUUGAAAUGUGUCAGGACCAGAAUCUAGACUACAAAAAAAAAUAUAUAGCCAGUUCCGAUGUUCAUGCUUGUAAUACAUAUCAGAGAGUCAGAGUGAAGCAAGACGUUUUUCAGGGUGACUUUAGCCCUUGAGUGAGUUCUGAAAAGACUCCCCAAAGAGUUUAUCUCAAACCGUUAAAGAAGUUGUGAAUCAUGAAUCAUUUUGUUUUAGUAAUAUUUCAUUGUACACUACACAUGCUUUAUAUAUUUGGACAAAUGAUUUGCUAGCAAAGGGUCUGCUGGGCUUAGAUUCCCGGGUUGUGAUUAGAAGAUACGUACUUGAAACCUGGUUUGGUGGUUGGUUGGGUUUUUUUUGUUUGUUUUGUUUUUAAUAAAAAAAUUUAUGAUUAUCUUGA